AUGGAGUCUCCCCAAGUGGCCGAGUUGAACGAAGAUAUCGUGGAGCUGAAUAAGUUGCUGGCCCAGGCAGUACGAGAAAAUGUGAAAGAAAAAAUAAAACGAUGCAUAGAAAACACAACAGUAGAAAUAGCAAAGCUGAAGCUAGAAGAAAGUCAAACCCCAAACAAAAUAACGGAGAAAAGUACCCCCCUAAAUGACAGCAACAUUUCGUACAGCUCUGUUCAGUCCUUCGCAUGGAAUCAGGAAGGAAAUAAAGUUACCGUUUUUUUGACCGUUAAAGAUAUACACAAUAUUGACAAGGACAAAAUCUGCGCAGAGUUUAACGAAAGAAGUUUUGAAAUUAAAAUGCAUGAGGACCAGAAAUAUUGGGACAAUUUACACUUCAAGGAAUCCCCCAUGUCUAAAAUUCGUGCGCCCAAGAUGGACGAGCAGGCUGAACCCUCCACCAUGUUGAUGAAUAUGAUGAAGCAGCUGUACCAGGAGGGAGACAGCGACAUGAAAAGGACCAUAGCAAAGGCUUGGUGCGAGGCCAACGAGAAGAAAUCGGACUUUUCCGUCCCCAAUUUUUGA